GCAAAAAUACUACAUGCAAUAGAAGUGCAAUUUUAAUGACACCAUCAUUUUGCAAGUAUUUGAGCUUGAAUUUGACCAAAAUCAGAUUGACCAGCACAAAUUGUACUUGUAAAUGAAGUUAAACCUCCUUUAGCAAUAAAACAUAACAUUGAAUGAUAUCUUAUGUAGGGAUGCCACUAUAUUUGAGGACAAUGAGCAGGACUCGGCAGGAUUCGGAGUGCCUCGUCCACCGAAAAAGACAGAACAUGGCGAUUGGGAAUGUAUUUAUGAUGGAAGACUUUCAACCCCAAAUGUGAAAUUCAUGCUAGAUACCAUACGUGACUGUGAUCCAAGCAAGACAAAUGAAAAAGGAGGUUUUGGGAAGGUCUAUUUCUAUAAGGACAAGCAUCCUACACUCGGUAUUCCAGUUGCGAUCAAAGAGGUCAUUAUUGAAGAAACAAGCCAAAAGCUGAAAAUGAUGUCAACCAUAAAUGAAAGGCUUGCCUCUAGAACACUGCAUUAUGCCAUUGUCCCUUUACUUGCAAUGACAGAGGACAUGGGUAAAAGGUCAUUUUAUUUCCUUUCUCCUUACCUGGAAAAUGGUGAUCUCUUUCAAAUGUUGAAAGAUGAUACAGAGAAGCUGAAUGCAGGCAGAAUACGUGAUGUAACGCUUACAAAACAGAGAAGACUUAAGAUUCUUUACCACAUAAGUUCAGCAUUGGAUUUUCUUCAUACACCUGUCAAAGACAUACGUGGGCCUAUAAUACAUAUGGAUGUGAAAUCUUUGAAUAUUGUUCUUGAUGCUGACUUCAAUGCAAGAUUAAUAGAUUUUGGUCUUGCACGGGAAAUGCACGAGACAGAGUCUGGCAUUCCCGUAACAAAGACAGAAGUUGGUGGUACCGAUGGGUAUUUUCCUACUCGAGGGUACAGUAUACUGACUAAAUAUGAAGAUUAUCACAACUUUGGACCCAGACAAAAACAGUGGUCACAUGACCAUGGACUACCAUGGACUAUGAUGGUAGUUCAUGGUCAUACAACUAUUGGAACCAUGGUCGACCAUGUUUUGUUAAAUGACAUUUAA